UAACAGCAGCUCAGAGGACCCGGGACAGAGAGACUGUGUUCAUUUACCAGAGAUGGAGGACCGCUACGCCUUCCUCACUGAGUGGUACGACCCGACGGCAGCUCUCCUGCGGCGCUACCAACUCUUCUACUACCCCAAAGAUAGCUCUGUGGAAAUGUUUGAUGUUAAAAACCAGCGGAUAUUUUUGAGAAGGACUAAAUACGAGGACCUGCAUCCAGAGGACCUGUUCGUUGGGAAUCGAGUCAACGUUUUCUCACGGCAGCUUAACCUGAUCGAAUAUGGAGAUCAGUACACCGCCAACAAACUGGGCAGCAAAAAGGAAAGAACUCUGGCUCUGAUUAAACCUGACGUCGUCACAAAGAUCGGAGACGUUCUGGAGUUGAUCUAUUCCUCCAACCUGAUGGUGACCAAAGCCAAGAUGACCACGCUCACAUGGAGGCAGGCGGCAGACUUUUAUGUGGAACACCAGUCCAAGCCUUUCUUCAAUAACCUGGUUCAGUUUGCGUCCUCGGGCCCCGUGGUGGCCCUGGAGCUGAUGGGGGACGAGGCCGUGUCCAUCUGGAGGAGGCUCCUGGGCCCGGCCGACUCCUCCACGGCGAGGAAGGAGGCGCCGCAGAGCGUCCGCGCCCAGUUUGGAACCGACGGCGUGAAGAACGUCGGCCACGGCUCCGACUCCCUCGCCGCUGCAGCGAGAGAGCUGGAAUUCUUUUUCCCGUCCACUGUUGGCCACGGUCCCUCCAACACGGCCACGUGCACAGACUGCACAUGCUGCAUCAUCAAACCUCACGCCGUGUCAGAAGGUCUGACCGGGAAGAUCCUCAACUCCAUAUCAGCAGCUGGAUUCCAGAUCUCAGCGCUUCAGAUGUUUAACGUGGACCGGGCCAACGCAGAAGAGUUCUAUGAGGUGUACAAAGGAGUCGUCACAGAGUAUCCUAGCAUGGUGACGGAGCUGUGCUCUGGACCCUGCAUGGUCCUAGAGAUCCACGGCACCGACGCUCCACAGUCCUUCAGGGAAUUCUGUGGACCGGCCGACCCAGAGAUCUCCCGUCACCUCCGUCCCACGACGCUGCGCGCUCUCUACGGCAGAGACAAAGUCAAGAACGCCGUCCACGUCACCGACCUCCCCGAGGACGCCGUGCUGGAGGUUCAGUACUUCUUCAAGAUUCUGGACGGAUGACAAGAAAACAGGAAGCUGCUCAUUCAAAGACGUGACAGUUGACUCAUGUUUCUGUUU